AGAUAAGCAUUUCCUAUUUUGCAUCCAUUCAUACUUGCCGUGCAUCUCCAACAGCCAAUCAAAGUGCUCUCUCUCUCUCUCUCAAAAAAAAACCCAACUUCAUUCUCGGAUUAUAAGAAUCCGGCCAACCAGCACGAUCGUGCCAUGAGCAUUGGAGUCCGGCCGGCGGCAACACACAACCGUCCGGGCUUUCUCAGCCGUCGGUCCCAGCCUUCUCCAGAGUGAUCUCGAGUGGCGGCGCGUCCGCACGUGACCUUGACACUUCGUCACGUCACUUGAUCCCCGACGCCGCCGCCACCAACAUUCCCGUCCCGGAUCUCGGCUCCAUCUUUUCUCGCCUCCCCCGUCUCCUUUCCCCAAACCGGAAAAAAAAACCACAAAAAAACUUGGUGGGCAGAGAAAAAAAAGGUUCUUUUUUAUUUUCCUCGUCCUCCUCGUCUCGACUCGCCGCCCACUGCGCCCGUCCCCCUCCCCCUCGGCCCCGAUCCAAUCCCCCCAAACCCUAGGCAAUCCGCCACCAGAGUGCCGGGUCGUCGCCCCCCGUCCCUCACCCGCGGCGGCGCGGCACAUGGCCCACGGCGGCGGCGGGAGGGCGAAGGUUACGCCGAACCUCGCGGUGGACGGCGAGGGCACGCGGACGCUCAACCUCACCGUGCUGCAGCGCCUCGACCCCGCCGUCGAGGACAUCCUCAUCACCGCCGCCCACGUCACGCUCUACGACUUCGACACCGACGUCAACCAGUGGAGCCGGAAGGAUGUCGAGGGGUCGCUCUUCGUCGUCAAGAGGAAUGCCCAACCCAGAUUCCAGUUCAUUGUUAUGAAUCGCCGGAAUACAGAUAAUCUAGUUGAAGAUCUCUUGGGAGAUUUCGAAUACCAACUCCAAGUUCCUUAUAUAAUGUACCGCAAUUCUGCUCAAGAAGUUAUUGGAAUUUGGUUUUACAACUCCCAGGAGUGUCAAGAAGUUGCGAAUCUUUUUAGCAGGAUACUGAAUGCAUUCUCGAAGGUGCCUCCAAAGCCAAAGAUUCCCUCCGUUCAAAGUGAAUUUGAAGAGCUUGAAGCAGCACCUGCAUUGGUUGAAGGUCCUCUGGAACUGCAAACAUCAAAUAUCAUAUCAACUGCUACCCACGUUCAAGAGGACCCCUUAUCUGCAUUCUUCAGUGCAGCUGCGAACGCUGGUGGCACCGCCUCUGUUGCUGUUGCAGGACAGCCAAAUCAAUCUUUUGGUGCUAUUCCUUUGUCACAUGCACCUCCUAGCACAAUUACAUCGCAAUCACCGGGCUUGCAUCAUUUGCUUCCUUCACAGGCCUCAUCAGUUUCUGGCAUACCUGCUGAUGUUCAUGGUGGCACUGGUCCUAUAGUGAGGUCCACAAGCCUUGUAAAUCCAUCACAUUUCUCACCAUUGACAUCAGCGCAGACAGCAAUGGUGCGCAGUAAUUCUGCAGUACCAACUGCUCCACCUCAACAUCCUCGUAAUGCUCAGCAGCCGCAAAGUGCUCCCUUGCUUCAGCCUUUUCCAUUACCUACAGCUUCACCUUCUCCACCGUAUGGGACUCCAUUGCUUCAACCGUUUCCACCACCAAAUCCAUCGCCGUCUCUUGCAUCAGCUCCAGUCUACAACCCAGCACUGUCCAGAGACAAAGUUAGAGAUGCGUUACUGAGACUUGUGGAGAACGAAGAAUUUAUCGAUUUGGUGUACCGGGAGAUCGUGAACAGACAAUAAUGAAUAUUGAAUGAACAGACCUCUCCAACAAGUUGGUUGUGUUUGGACUUUUGUUAUCUGUUGUGAAGCCUGUAAUUCAAGUUAUGAUGUAAAUUCAUUUGUGAAGUUCAUGGCUUGGUGAAGUUUGUAUUAAUGUACUUUCUACAUAUCUGUAAAUGCUUAUGAAAUCUAUCUGCUCCGUCGAAUGUCAUCUGCUGUAUUCGUGGUGCAGAAAAGUUUUGUUCUGAACAUAUAUCUUAACUUUGGGAUCUAAUAAUGAUUCUCGUGGGCAAGAACAUAUAUCUUAA